AUGGCUCUCGCUGCUUUGAGUUCUGCCAUUGCAGACCAACUGCUGCACGCGCCCAGACGCAGUGAGACGACAAUAGAUGCAAGCUUGCUGCUGGAUGUCCAGCCCCGUCUGGCCUUCGCCUUCUUCCAGGAGUUUGACACAAGCAUUCCGUUGGUGGAAGAGGCGGUGGACCAGCUGUUGAGACAGCAGGGAGUCGACAGGCCCACGAGCCGACUCCGCUUUCGCCACGUGCCCUAUGGCCUGGCAUGGCCGCUGCGGUCAUUGAAGGAGAUCCGAUAUUCUCUGGUGGGAAAGUUCAUUACAGCUUCUGGCCUGGUUGCAAGGAUUGGGGUCGUCAAGGCGGUGGCCACGACACGAUUGUUCCAGUGCUCUGAAUGCCGGCGCAGCUUCUCGGUGGCCCCGCUGGGGAUGUUGGGAGAGGCGCCGCAGAGCUGCCCCGGAGGUGAAGGGUUUCCUUGUGGCUGCUCAGACUUUCAGGACCUCGGAGGCGAUGCCAUGACAGACUACCAGGAAAUUCGGCUUCAAGAUGUGGUGCCGGGCAGUGUUGGCACCACAUUGACGGUCAUUCUGGUGGCUGAUCUUGCGGGCAGCGCAGUGCCUGGUGACAUCGUGGUCGUAGGUGGCGUUCUUCGUGCGAUUUGGGCUCGGUCGAAGGCGGUGGCUGAGCUCGUCCUCGAGGCCUCCGAUGUGCGCCAGCAGCAAGAGGUGCCUUCACGUCCCCGCACCUUGUUCUUGGGCGCUCCCAGUGACCCUCUGGCUCACCGCAACAGCCUGCUGCGCAGUGUGGCACCGGGUCUUCAUGGUCUGGAGGUUGCCAAGUUGGCUCUGCUGCUAACGUUGGUGGGUGGUGGACCCUCGGAUCUACCUCAAUCGACAGGUGAUGUGGAAAGGUGGUCCCGUUUCAUGUCAAGCGAUCACCAUGAUGUGGCAUCAGAUGCGCAGAAUGGUUUGCAAGAAGCCACGAGCUCGCGACACUCCACACACCUCCUGUUCGUUGGCGAUGCUGCAACUGGCAAGACUAAGUUGAUCGAGGCAGCAUCGGAACUAUCUGCGCACGGAGUUUGCUGCAGCGCAGUCGGGGCGACCCGUUCGGGGCUGACCUUCGCCUGCGUGCGCGAUGGUGCUGGUUGGAGCUUGGAGGCAGGAGCGUUGUCGCUGGCUGACGGUGGAGUUUGCUGCAUUGAUGAAUUUCGUCAUCUGGCCGCGGAAGAGAAGGCAGCGCUGUAUGAGGCCAUGGAGCAGCAGACAAUCUCCGUUGCCAAGCCUGGGCUUACUUGUCGCCUGAGGGCCCGCUGCAGCGUUGUUGCGGCGCAGAGCUGGGCAGACGCCCAAGGAACGACGUUGGGGCAGCUUACCGGGCUCGCUGCGCCGCUGCUCAGCCGCUUCGACCUGAUCCUCGGCCUGAGAAGUCGAGGCACUGACGAUGAGGAUGUGGCCAAUGCCAUCUUGCGAGCCUCAGAAGGUGCUGAUAUGGAUGACCGCAAGGCUCUGCAGUUCCAGACCUUGAAGGACUUUCUCAUCGCGUCUCAAGAAAGUGUGCUUCGGGAUUCGCCGGAAGAUGGCGCUCGCCAUCUCCUGGAGGCGUACUACCAACGGCUGCGAGGACCUGGUAUGGGAGGUCUCGGGGAGGUUGUGACAGCACGCACGCUCGAAAGCCUCAUUCGACUGUCCCGAGCACACGCGCGCUUGAUGCGACACGGUGCCGUGCAGCUGCAGGAUGCCGUGGCGGCUGUUUUCCUACACCAGGUCUGCUGGAGGAGUCACUCCCCCGAUUCUAGCCAGGUGCUUCUUUCAGAAAGCUGCUUUGGGCCUCUUUGCCCAUCGCACAUCCGGCGCCUGGACAUGAGCAGUGACAUAACCUGUGCCACAGACUAUGAGGUGGUGGAGGGCGCGAUCUUGUGGACCCUCGGCCUGCAGAAGGACCCGAAGACUCGCGAACUGCGGCGAGUGCGUUGUCAACCUGGACAUCAUCGCUCGGCCUGGAAGGCCCUUCCGAGCCUUCCCCUGGGCGCUUCAGAACACACUGGCAAGUCUGGCGAGUUCCGGGGAGCGGUGUCGUUUCCAGCGGUGCCGAGCAGUUGGGCAGGGCCCCACUUCACGAAGGAAGAGCUUGCGGAGGCGGAGGCGGAGGCGGAGGAAGAGUACAUUCCGUGGUUCAGCAGGUCACAGAGAAGGAAGAGGAGCUGGCAUGAGGAGCAUGAGGAGCAUGAGCAGGCCUGCCGGGAGAUGUUCCCUGAGACUUGGUUUGCGUGA